AUGGAUAUGGCGUCUCCAAAAUUGGCUGACUGCUUCCAUCCAUCAAUCCUCCUAAAACCCUCACUCACUUCUCUCUUCAUUACCCCUUGCCUUCUCCACCGAACGCACUCUCCAACGCCAUCCCACCGUCUACUAACCCGGGCCUCUCUCCAGCACCCAUCGUCGUCUCAGUCGCCCCUCAAUCGCAGGAAUUUUGUCUCCCAGACAGCUGCUAUUUCACUUUCUCUUGCUCCUUUAGUCGGCCUCACGCAGCAGGCUAAGGCCGAGGAGCCACUUUCCGAGUGGGAGCGAGUCUACCUUCCUAUUGACCCUGGCGUUGUUCUUCUCGACAUUGCUUUCGUUCCCGAUGACUCGAACCACGGUUUUCUGCUGGGGACAAGGCAAACCAUCUUGGAGACGAAAGACGGUGGGAACACGUGGGUUCCGCGUUCUAUACCAUCGGCCGAGGACGAAGAUUUUAAUUACCGAUUUAAUUCAAUCAGUUUCAAAGGAAAGGAAGGCUGGAUUGUAGGAAAGCCUGCCAUUUUGUUAUACACUUCUGAUGCUGGAGAAAGUUGGGAGAGGAUACCAUUAAGCGCACAACUUCCUGGUGAUAUGCUUCUUACUCAGGCGAGUGAAGACUACUGA